GGGACGGGGGACUCUCUAAUCUUUCACAUUUUUUUCCGAAGCGUGUGGCAAUGUUGACAGAACAAACUCUAACGAGAAAAAGAAAAGAAUUUAGAGAGAGAGAGAGAGAGAGAGAGAGAGAGUUUGAUUGGAGAGAGAAAAAAGUUUUCUGAGAUAAACGCUUGGUUUUUGGUUUGGUGUUGUUUGGUCUGUAUUUCUGUACCAUUUUGAUCUUUUCGUCUGUAAGAGAGUUAUAUCUUUGAUGUUUGUUUCUAUUCUAACCGAUACCUUCACGGUCUGCAGAGAUGCAGCUGGCAUCGCCGGGAAUAUCUUUGCUUUUGGGCUGUUUGUGUCACCCAUACCCACAUUUAGGAGAAUUAUCAGAAACCAGUCAACAGAGCAGUUUUCAGGAUUGCCUUAUGUAUAUGCCCUCUUGAACUGCAUGAUAUGCACGUGGUAUGGCACGCCCUUAAUAUCUCAUGACAAUGUACUGGUUAUGACGGUCAAUUCAAUUGGUGCAGUUUUUCAGAUAGCCUACAUUAUCCUCUUCACUGUAUAUGCUGAUAAAGAGAAAAAGAUGAGGAUGCUUGGAUUGCUACUGGGAGUUUUUGGCCUCCUUGCAAUCAUAGUUGCUGGGAGCAUGCAAAUAGUUGAUAGAGAAGCACGGUGGAUCUUUGUUGGGUUAUUGAGUUGUGGUUCUCUCAUAUCAAUGUUUGCUUCCCCAUUGUUUAUAAUUAAUUUGGUAAUUCAAACAAAGAGUGUUGAAUACAUGCCAUUUUAUCUCUCCCUCUCUACAUUCUUGAUGAGCACCUCAUUCUUCCUAUAUGGCAUCUUUAACUUCGAUGCCUUUAUUUAUGUUCCAAAUGGAAUAGGAACUAUCUUGGGGAUUGUACAACUAGCGUUGUACUUCUACUAUAAAAGAAAAUCUGUGGAAGAUUCCAGAGAACCGCUAAUAGUGUCACAUGCGUAAUUGUUGCUUUCUCUACGAAAGGGAGGGUUUUGGAGGUUACAUUUUAAGUUGUUAUUAAAACCGCUGUUAGGGAGAGUAUACAAUCAAUGUUUCAUGGGUUAUAGCCUGCGGUUUUUAUGUUGUGAUGAGACUUGAAUGAAGUCCAUGCAGAGCUCGAAUUAUUACGGUGAAUGUUUUGAGUUAAUGAGUUCUAAAAAGCUAGAAAUUUGAACCGAGAAGAAUUCUCAUAAGUUCUGCAUAAAUUAUGUUAUUCUGUUAAAGGUUUUCUGUUGAUGAAGCUGAAAACAAAUGUAUGAAAGAAAUUAGCAUGUUAAGGCAAAUACUUGUGUCUUCAAAGUUCAUCUAGAAAAAAUUAGUGGACUUUUAAUGCUUUUGGCUAUUGAGGGUGUCAUUGGUUAAGAUAGGACGAAUUCCGGGCAAUCAUGUUGUUCUCAGCUUAGUCUUUGUUUCAGUUGUCAUAAUAAGAAUUGCUUGGUAAUUUCAUCUUUAGAAGUUAGAGUCUAAUGGCAAAAUGGAUAUCGCCGGAAGUAACUGCUGCGGCUAAAAUCUUCAGCUGCUAUAGGUAGGACAUUCGGAAACUCUGUAAAGAUAUCGAUGUCGAUACAUGAUACUAGUAGAUGGAUUUUUCGUCUUGGUUUAAAGUGACGGAUUCAAAUGGUUAGAAAUACUGGUUUUGGUAAUCAUAAACAGGAUGCCAUUGGUAUCUGGAGUUGCUUUCAACUGUAAGCAGAGAAGCAAAUAAUUUAUAUG